AGGAACCACGCCGUGUUGGGAAAAGGAUAAUAGAUGUAACAGCAGCGUUUAUCAGGCCAGGCUCAGCGUAACAAGGUGGCAAUGUGCGGAUGAUUUUAGCGCAGGCUGAGGAGAAAUUUAACUGCUCAAUAAGGCGGACAGAGAUUUAACUGAGUGGAUCUGUUUAAAGGGAUUUUCGUCUGCGCGUCUUCUUGGAUUAUAACCCCGCUGGAGAGAUGGAGUGUGGCGAAAGGAAGAGUAGAAGGAAGUCACGGAGCUUUAAACUGGUCACGGAUGAAGAUUAUGACCCUUCAUAUAUGAUGAAUUCCAGCGGUAAAGAUGCCAACGGAGAGCCUAAGGUUGCUGCUGCUGUGCCUGAUGUAGUUUGGCUGGGGGAUGAGGGCGUGGAGAUCAAGAGACAAAUCACAGGGAUGAUGAGGCUUCUGAGGGACAAGAGCAGCAGGGUGUAUCAGCGUGCUGGAGCCGAGCAGGAUGGUGGAACAAAGGAGCCCCAGGAUGGAUGUCGGGAAUCGGAACAUCAGUCCGCACCUUUGUUUCUCGGAUCAGAGGAUCAUCAGAGCAACAGCUGGGACUGUGCAGGAGAUCUCGGGGCUUCACCUUCAUCUGCAUCCACCACCACCCCUAAAGGCCCAGUCUGUGACCAGUACAGCACCCACUCCAAAGCCCUGAGGAUCCACAACGACAAGGAUCUACUUAAUCUACUCAAAGUCAAUGAAGCUGAAGACGCAGUAUCUCCUGCCGUGCCAGAAACCCCCUGCUGUAUGUGUAAUUGUAAGGGCACCUUGCAGGCUAUUUUGCAGGAACUGCGAACCGUGAGGAGGAUGAUGCAUGCUCAAAAAGAAAGACAGGAGCAGGCAGCAUCACCAUGCCAACCUCGUCUUGGUCCAGGACCAGCUCCUUGUUGUAGGCCACGUAAGUGGAGGCCAUUUUAUAAAAUGGCACCACUGGGUGUGCCAAGUACUCGAAGAGCUGCUCUUAGCUCUCUGGAGGCAUCACCGCUCAUAGCUACACCUGCAGAAAGUGGAAAGAGGGAGGAAUGUGAGAAAGAGCAAGACUCCUCCACAGCCACCAGUCAUCCCGUCUCCUCUGAGGUUUCUGUGGCGCCACCUCAGAAUAAUUCAGUUCCUCUGAACCACUCACAGAGUCGUCCACUGAACCAACUGAGGGAACCACAGUCAUUAGAGGUUCGUCUUGCCAAAGAUUAUGACGUGUUUAUCUCAAAAACUCAGCUGGACUCCAUCCUCAUCAACUACACACGAUCUGGGAGCCUGUUGUUCCGCAAACUGGUGUGUGCCUUCUUUGAUGAUGCUACCCUGGCUAACUCCCUGCCAAAUGGUAAAAGAAAGAGAGGACUCAAUGACAACCGUAAGGGCUUGGACCAGAACAUUGUAGGUGCCAUUAAAGUUUUUACAGAGAAAUACUGCACUGAACACAGAAUAGAAAAGUUGCCAGGGCCACGAGACUGGGUGCAGAUCCUUCAAGAUCAAAUUAAGCUUGCCAGGAGGAGGCUGAAAAGAGAUGCUGCCGAUUCAGACGAACCCUUAAAUGGACCAUCAACAAGUAUGAAACACACACACACACACACACACAUGCUAGUCUGCUCAUUUAUGCAGUUGUAUACAUGUAUCUGUCUUUCUUUGCUCCUUUCCUAUUUCACCAAUUCAUCUGCGACCUGACGCGCUUAUUAACUCAUAUGUCUUUGUCAAGCUGCCACUGUGACAUUUAACGUUCUUGCGCACUUCCCAAAAUGUCAGCUAAUUAUCUUUCCACCGCGUGGCACAUAUACCAUCUUUCACUUUCCUCUUUGAGAAAACUCAGACAAAUGUCCUCAUCAGAUGUGAGAACAGAACACUGUUCACUGUUUUUCAUAUCUUUGUUUUACAGGCUGCGACUAUAAGAAGCCCACAACAGUGGAAGCGACAGCAGUGAGCACAACAUGAUUGUCCUCAU